AUGCAUUCUGCAUCAGCUGCGGCGCCGUUACUGGCGCUGGCCUGUCUGUGGAUCGGGGUCGUCGGUUCGGCGCUAGGCCAACUCUACUGUCCUCAGGAAUGUUCCUGUUACAGAAGUACGGUGCGCUGUUUUGGACAAAACUUGGUGGAAGUAGUCCGUGGCAUUCCUCCGACAACCACUAUCCUCGACUUGAGGUUCAACCACAUCCGGCGUCUAGCCAGAGAUGAUUUUGCUCACCUUCCAUUGCUGAACACGUUGCUGCUGAGUAACAACCAGCUGGAAGAAGUGGAGGAAGGUUGCUUUGCCAAACUCCCAAAUCUACACACCCUGUACCUGGAUGGCAACCGUUUGAGCCGCAUAACCGAAGUAGUUCUGCACUGUCAAGCCAACGGCUAUCCAAGGCCCUUCGUCCAAUGGACUUUGAACCAUCACCCUAUUUCUUUGUCCCACAGGGUUCGUUUUCAGCGAGAUGGAACCUUGACCAUCGACAAGGUCGACGUCAAAGACGUAGGUACAUACACUUGCAUUGCACACAACUCACGGAGUCAAGCAACUGCUUCGGCUAGAGUUGAGGUCCGUGUGGCGCCAACUUUCGUCGCUCAUCCUCAAAACACAAUCACUUCUGAAGGUGCCGAACUGAGACUACUUUGCGAGGCAAAAGGGUAUCCUCAACCAUCCAUCACAUGGCUCAAAGACGGGCGUCCUGUGCAGAUUUCUCAGCGAUUUACGAUGAGUUUAUCGAACACACUUUCGAAGGCCAUUAUCGAAAUCCGGCAUACGUCAUCGCCGAAAAUCACCCUCGCCCCGUCCACUGUGUCUGCGUCUGUAGGAGGUACUGUAUCGUUUCCCUGCAAAGCUGUUGGAGAGCCGAAACCGAGAAUAACUUGGUCGUUUAAUGGCAUGGCCAUCCCGACGGUCGUCGGCCACUAUGAAGUGAGUUCCCAAAAUACGCUAUAUGUCAAUCUGGUGACCAAAGCCGACGCUGGACAUUAUAUGUGUCAAGCGACCAACGACGUAGGAAGCGUCAGCGCCGAUGCGACUCUGUACGUACUUGACGACGUUGGCGAACGACAAUCACCAGCGAUCGUUGACCGGGAUUUUAUCCACAGCGCUGUUCGCCAGGCUACCCAAAACGUAGACCGGGCAAUCAACUUUACACAGGAGCAGCUUUACAGCGACAAACCGAAGACCCCAGCUGAACUGAUGGCUUUGUUCAAGUAUCCGGGGCCGCAGGCAAUCCAGUUCGCUAGAGCCAGGGACAUAUACGACGAAACCCUAAGCCUGGUUCAGGCGCAUGUCGUACGUGGUUUGCGGUUUAACGUAUCAGGCAGCUACAAGUACGAUGACAUUCUGUCCCCGGCUCAUGUGUUGAUGAUCUCAGAGCUAAGCGGCUGCGAUGUGCCAAGGGAAAGACCAACGUGCAGCGACAUAUGUUUUCACUCAAAAUUCCGCACCUACGAUGGAACGUGCAACAACCUGCAGGACACAACCCGAGGAGCGAGUUUGACGGCCUUGAAGCGCCUUUUGCCACCUGCCUAUGAGAAUGGCUUCGACAUGCCGAUCGGCUGGAACAAGGACUUUCUGUAUCACGGCUUUAAAAAGCCCAACCCUCGUGUCGUAUCUAUGAGCGUCGUGGCCAGCGAGCGCAUCACCGACGACUCGCAGUACAGCCAUAUGCUCAUGCAGUGGGGUCAAUUCAUUGACCACGAUCUGUCGUUCACCGUCCAGUCGCCAAGCGUCAGCCAGUACCAAGGUGGAGUCAACUGCGCUCGCACCUGCACAAACCGACCUCCGUGCUUCAACAUAGACAUCCCGCGAAAUGACCCCCGCAUCCAUGACGGCAUUUGCAUUGAGUUCCAACGAUCGAGCGCCAUCUGCGGUUCAGGCACUUCCUCUGUUAUUUACAACCAUAUUCAACAGCGACAACAGGUCAAUCAGAUCACUGCGUAUAUCGACGCAUCGAGUGUCUACGGCAGCCACGAGGCAGACGCCUUGGACUUGCGAGACCUUUUCUCUGAUCAUGGUCUUAUGAAAUUCGACAUCACCAGCCAUAAACAGAAACCGUACCUACCAUUCAACAGACGUUUCCCGAUGGACUGUCACCGGAAUACAACGCUAAGACAUUCUGUCAGAUGCAUGAUGGGCGGAGACUACCGAGCCAAUGAACAGGUCGGUCUGCUAACAAUGCAUACGCUGUUCCUUCGAGAGCAUAAUCGUAUCGCUUCGGAGUUACUCAAGAUAAACCCGCACUGGAACGGAGAGCGAUUGUACCAGGAGACGCGCAAGAUCAUUGGUGCAGAGUUCCAACACAUAACGUAUGCCCAUUGGCUGCCGAAAAUAUUAGGUAUGCGAUUGCUCGGCGACUACAACGGCUAUGAUCCAAACGCAGAUAGUGGUGUCUACAACGAGUUUGCGACCGCAGCGUUUCGGUUUGGCCAUUCUCUGAUUCAGCCAUUCAUCACCCGUUUGAAUGCCUCAUUCAUGCCCCAUGAAAAUGGCCCCCUUCCGCUCAGGGAGGCAUUCUUUGCACCGGAAAGAAUGCUAGAAGAAGGUGGUUUGGACCCGCUGCGUGAUCUGUACGGCCAUCCGGACAAUAUUGAUCUAUGGGUCGGUGGCCUCAGCGAAAUUCCUCUACCUUCAGCUCGAGUGGGCCCCGUGCUGGCAUGUAUCAUCGCCAAACAGUUCAAGGAAACCAGAGCCGGUGACCGCUUCUGGUACGAAAACCCAGGCGUCUUCAAUUCACUGCAGUUGACCGAAAUCAGAAAAGCCUCCCUUGCCAGGGCUAUAUGUGACAAUGGCGAUGAAAUUGACCGUGCCCAGCCGGAUGUAUUUGUUUACGUUGGUCACAACAUCGACUCAUAUGUCAAGUGCGAAACACUGCCGGCCAUCAACCUCAAUAUGUGGCAGGAGUGCUGCAGUGAUAGCUGCGCCGCGGAUAGUCAAAAGGUUGAGUUCGUAGAUGAGGAAGAAGAAACUGCGGAGCAACCGAAAGUCAGGUAG